AACUUUCAUUCAUUCUGACUGUAAACGAUGACCUAGCAGGGGGAAUAAUCUUAAUCUGGAUGGCUGAUGGCGUUUGUUUCACACAAUUUAUUUUCAUCAAUAUAAUUAGGAUUUUUCUUUUUUUUCAUUCUUAGUAUAGUUUUUUUCUACUUCGAUCUGAGUUUCAUGCUGUGGCUUCUUUGUACACCUGCAUCUGCAUAGCUCUCUUUGGAGUUCUGGGACGCUCACAGCAUGUAUAGGUUAUGCGUUUUUGUCGCGGUGUGCUGCGCUUUUUCCUCUCAGAGCUCUGCUGCGCCUAAGUGCAGAAGUACAGUUCCAAAAGACUCUGAUCCGUCUCUGCUUAAGAGCAGUGCAGAGGACGAGCUGCAAGAAGAAAUGGAAGGUCAAGAGGACAUAAUAUCUAAGCUGCUGGGUGAUUAUGACAAAGUGAAAGCCCUCUCGGAAGGCGCUGACUGUCGGUGUAAAUGUGUUGUCAGACCCCUGAGCAGGAGCGCCUGUCGGCGGAUCGAAGAGGGAAGCGCCACCGUUCAGGACUUCUACACCGUGGAGACAAUCACAUCUGGACCGGAGUGCAAGUGCGCCUGCAUCGCGCCUCCGUCGGCGGUCAACCCCUGCGAUGCAGAGUUCAGGCUGAAAAAACUCAGGGAAGCCGGAAAAGAAAAUGUCAAGCUGUCCACCAUCCUUGAGCUGCUGGAGGGUUCCUUCUACGGGAUGGAUCUACUGAAGCUGCACUCUCUGACAAACAAGCUCCUGCAACGAGUGGAACACAUCGAGAAGGUGCAGGCAGUGUCUCUGAACCGCACUGUUGGCAAAGUGCAGCCUCAGGAGAGUCCUCUUUUGAAGAUGAAUGUAACUGAAAGGCCACCUACUCCUCUUCCUCAUCCUCAUCAGGACAGGAGGAGAGCCGGCGAUGUCGGUGAGGCAGCAACUUAUCGGUACCCACAGGAAAAACCUGAAGGGAAGUUUACUGGGGAACAUCCACCCAGCCUGCAGCCGGACGGCUCUGGUCAGACCACUGAGGUGAAAUCCCUCAACGCCAUGGAGGACUCCCAGGCAUCGAAGUCUGGAUCAAAUGGAAUGAUCAUCAGGGGGAUGACGUUUUAUAAAUCUGAGCCUGACCCUAUGGAGCCAGACCCCAUGGUGGCGGAUGACGGAGAGCCUGGGGAGAACUUAUUUGAAUAUCAUGAGUUCAGCGGAGAAGGCCCGGUCAACUUCUUCGUCGAAGAGAAUCUCCUUCUUCAUCGAGAGCCUCGGCCCAGGACCCGAACUUGGCUGAGGUCAUUCCGGCCGAAGACAACGGAUCCUGCGCACGAUGCCAAGAAAAUGAGCCCACCUGUAAAACUAAAGGAAACGAAGCCCAUCUCAGAGACUCAUAAUGAGAUUAUCAGUGACAGAGGGAGCAAGUCCUUGGAUGUGUCAGGAGAGGCAUCCACAGUGGGAAGCGUUACAGCGGGAGCAACCGGUGCAACACAACCUUUACAGAUCAAGACCACAGAAUCUCAAACGGAUCGGAGCGUCACACCUUGGACAAUUCCUGGUACGGUAGCCACAGGAGCUCCUUCAACUAUCAUUCCUGCAGAAACAACCAAUCAAAAUACAGUGAUCACAACCCAACCCUUUGUCAGGGAAGACAUUAAGGACAUUGGGCAACCUUCAACCGAAGGAUAUUAUCCCAUCACGGAGAUGGAAACCACCAGCUUUGAGUUCAAAGAUCAAACAAAGACGACUUCCGAUCUGAACGCUACAGCAGAGACUCAAACAACUGCCCCUCUACAAGCCUCAUCUAUUCCCCCUCCAUCUUCACCUCCUACUCAUCCUGCAUUAUAUCCCACCUCAACCCAGACUGAUGCUUCAACCCUGCAUGUGAAAACUCCUCCCCCUCAGACCUCAGAGUCCUUUCCACCUGGUGACAACGCUCCGCCCACCACCACAGCUGCACCCACCUUCCCCAAAGUCACCACUACUCCCAAACAGGCCGUCCCGAUCAAAAGGAAAUACAAAUUUAACUGGGAAGAAGAAGACGUGAUGGCGGAUGACCUCGAGGCACAUGAACCAGUGAAAAGCCAGAAGGAGUCAUCUUCAAGCAAAGCUGGGGAGUGUAAAGACACUUUGGCAAGUAUCGCUGAGCCAGUUACUCACAACAACUAUGGCAAACCCGAGGGAGCUUGGAUGAAGGACCCCAAGUCCAAUGAAGACAAAAUCUAUGUGACAAACUUCCAUUAUGGGAAUAAUCUCCUGGAGUUCCACAAUCUGGAGGUUUUCAAACAAGGCCGUUUCACCAACUCCUACAAGCUCCCCUAUAACUGGAUCGGCACAGGCCAUGUGGUCUACGGCGGGGCCUUCUACUACAACCGCGCCUUCUCCCGGGACAUCAUCAAGUACGACCUGCGACUUCGCUACGUGGCUGCCUGGACUAUGCUACACGAUGCCGUGUUUGAGGAGUCUUCGUCGCCAUGGGAAUGGCGCAGCCACUCGUACAUCGACUUUGCCGUGGACGAGAGCGGCCUGUGGAUCAUCUACCCGGCACUGGAUGACGAGGGCUUCUUACAGGAAGUGGUCAUCCUGAGUCGGCUGAACCCCACGGACCUCAGCAUGCAGAGCGAGACCACCUGGAGGACCGGGCUCAGGAGGAACAAUUUUGGGAAUUGCUUUGUCGUGUGUGGCGUCUUGUAUGCUGUGGACAGCUACAACAAAAGGGACGCCAACCUGGAGUAUGCCUUCGAUACGCACACAAACACUCAGAUGACUCCCAGAAUGCCCUUCAUCAACAACUACACGUACACCACACAGAUCGACUAUAACCCGAAGGAAGGCGUUUUGUACGCAUGGGACAAUAGGCACCAGGUCACAUACAACAUAAAGUUUGCUUAUGUAGAUCCUUAACAGUCCUUUGAUUUGUCAUUUCUGAAUGGACUGUAGAUCAGUCCACACUGGCUUCACAACUGAGCCAAAUGUACAUAUAUACUUAGUGUUUACAUUGUUCAUAUUAAAGUUUACAUUUUAUAAAAAUAAAAUAAGUUCGCCUUCA